GUCAUCAUCCCAGAAGAACAAUCUCAGAAAGCUCCGAUCUUUGCACCUCUGCUUGCUCCAUCUUCUUCGUACGAGCUCUCUUGUGUGCCAACUUCAUUCGGUCUGUAGGAAAAAAUGUCGGGCAGAGGAAAGGGGGGCAAGGGGCUGGGGAAGGGAGGCGCUAAGAGGCACGGCAGGAAGGUGUUCCGGGACAACAUCCAGGGCAUCACCAAGCCCGCCAUCCGGCGGCUCGCCCGCCGGGGCGGCGUGAAGCGCAUCAGCGGGCUGAUCUACGAGGAGACCCGCGGCGUCCUCAAGAUCUUCCUCGAGAACGUCAUCCGUGAUGCCGUGACCUACACCGAGCACGCCCGGCGGAAGACGGUGACCGCCAUGGACGUGGUGUACGCGCUCAAGAGGCAGGGGCGCACGCUGUACGGGUUCGGCGGGUGAAGGUGGGGGCGUGUUGGAACCAACAGAAUAAUAAUAAAUUUUGGAAACUUGGAAUAAG